AUGGUCAUUCUGCACCGGGACGGGACUACGCCACAUGCCGUAGUUCUAGCGCCUCUCGGGACCGAUGUAGUGCUCCGCCAGACUGUCGCCGUGUUAACCAAGCAUCAGAGAUGCCAAACCGCUCUAAACAAAAUGACUCAAGCCAGGUUCCUCCUAUCGUCGGCGCUCUGCUUCGGGGCAAGCCCCAGAGACAGAUGGAAUACCAACAUCAUAACAACCACCAAGAGUCUGCCGUUCCGACCCAGUACGCAAUGUAUGCUGAUUCGAGUGGCAUCAUUCAUCAGGCGCCAGCACGAGAAUGGAUGGAGGCGGAUGAUACAAAUAUCGGAAAACUUAGCAUUGCAAGGUACAUGGGGAUAA